UCGUAUGGCGGGGAAUGUCAGUUUUGCAACGCUCCACACGAAAGAAAGAGUUUCCACGACGCUUUUUAACAAACCGACAGCCACAGUCCAGUUAACCGACGAGGGUUAAGUUUUAGCGGAUAUCUAACAUGGUUGAAGGUCCGGGGUGCACUUUAAACGGAGAGAAAAUCCGCUCAAAAGUCCAGAAAGGGCAAACAUUGAAGGAAAUUAGAGGCAGCUUGACAGCACUGGGCGCAAGAAAUAACUCGUCGGAGAGAAAUGCCUUCCGUAUAUUCCAUGGAUGCCAGUACAGUGGUGUUGAUACUCUGGGGAAGGAGCUCUUCAUGUAUUUUGGUGCAAGAGCUUUAAGAGUCCACUUUGGUAUGAAUGGAUCAAUGCGUAUAAACCCUGCUGAGAGGAAGGACAGGAAAGGUUCAGUCCCGGUGCUGGAAAUCCACCUGACUAACGACAUUGUCUGCUUCUUCGACAGCACUGUGGAAAUAAGGAUGACAGAGGACUGUGAGCAGAGGGUGAAGGCUAUGGAGAGUCUGGAUGUGUGCUCCUCUAAGUUCAGCUUCUCCCGGGCCGAGGAUGCGGUGAGGAGGCAAAGUGGCAGGAUGCUCUGUGACGUUCUCCUCGACCAGGCCGUCCUGCCGGGAGUCGGCAACAUCAUUAAAAACGAAGCCCUGUUUGACUCCGGCCUCCACCCAGCCGUGAAGGUUCGCCAGCUGACAGACGAGCAGAUCCACCACUUGGUGAAGAUGACGCGUGACUUCACUCUUCUGUUUUAUAAGUGUCGUAAAUCCGGCUCUGCUCUCUACAAACAUUACAAAGUCUACAAGCGAGCCCAGUGUGGCCAGUGCUCUGCCCCCAUCACCGUCUGUCGUCUUGGAGACAAUGGCAGGAUGACUUACUUCUGCAGCCGCUGUCAAAGUGACGACCCCGGAGAAGUUGACAUCAGCAAGCUCCCAGUCAGAAACAGUCUGAUUGGCUGGGCCUGGAAGGAGGGAACCAAUCAUCACGUGGCUAAGAGGGAGGAAGAGGAGUGGGCCUGUCAGCUCUGCACGCUCAUCAACCAGCCGGCAGCAAAAGCCUGCGAUGCCUGUCUCUCUCCAAGACCUGAGGCCCACCAAGACAGCAUUAGGACUGAAGCGUCACCCUUCACCACAGAUUUGAUUAAAUAUCCCUGCAAUGCUUUCAGCAAGCCACAAGAGGAGCUCAAAGUCAACUGGAGGUCUGCAUUCGGGACUGCCACCCUUGUUUUCUCUGACUUGAGCAAGAAGCCAAAGCCUGUAAACUCCCCACUCUCCCCAGCCGGCAGUCAUUUGAAUUCCUUGGCGUCAGAGAGAGGUUUAUAUAAAUACAGUGUCUGCCAAGGGACAACAAGCCCCAAUUAUGCCUCUGGUGGCUGGCAGAAGCAAAGUGCCGAGCUCUCCAAUGGGGAAUCACUAGCCUCCUACAGUCACCCAUCCAAGAAAAUGAGAAUUGAUCACAGCCCCUUUUGCAGUAACAAUGCUCAAAAUGGAACCCCCAACUCAGGUUCUGUCAGUUCACACCAAAUCAAAGUGAAGAAUGGCAGUUCCUCCGUUUCUCUGGGUCCCAGCUGUGUGUCGCAUGGCCGUCCAGCUGUCCUCAAAGUGGUCCACAAGGAGGGGGAAAAUAAGGGACGGCAGUUCUACGUCUGCUCGCUCCCCAAAGAGAGCAAGUGUAACUUCUUUGAGUGGGCUGAUUUGCACUUCCCUCAGUGUCACCAUGGGAAACGCUGUCUAAUGAGGACGGUUCUCAAACUAGGAGCCAACAAUGGUCGGAAUUUUUACGUCUGCAGCUUUAAAAAGGGUAAACAGUGUGACUUCUUCCAGUGGGCAGACAACGGGCCAGGGGUGGCCAUCCUUCCUGGCUGCUAACAGUUUGUCUUGGGGAUGCAUUAUUUAAAAAUGAAACCCUACUGCCUACAUGCUCAAACGUCUAUUGUUCAGAAACUUGUGUGGUUUGCAAAUAGGGAUGGUCAGUAUCAUUGAAAUCUGUCACAGUAUUGAUAAAGAUUUUUUUUUUCUUCAACAUCAGAGUAUGGCUCUUAUAUCCAAAAUCACAUGAAAUGAUCAAAUUAAUGUUCACAAUCCCAUUGAACCAAAUGGUAAUGAUAUCUGUGAUGUCAAACAAAACUCCAAACUUUGCAAAUAUUAUUCCUUAAAAUUUGUAUGCCUUUUUUGCUAGUUUUUGAUUUAAAAUUUUUUUAAAAAAUUUAAAAAUUGCCCCAUUUUCAUCAAUUUAAAGAGCAGCAUUGUGUGCCACAUGAUUCUACUGGAGAAUGAUAAUACUGAAUUAUUACCCAGCCCUAUUUGCAACCUCCAAGUAUGCAUUUGAAUUAAUAAUUGUAUUAUUGUUAUUAUUAUGUAUGUUUUGUGUCUUUUAGUUAAGCUAUCUCCAUGUUCUGGUGUUAUCAUGAGAGAAAUUUGUAAUUAAUAAAGGAUUGACUCAAGUCAGUAAGAGCAAUGACAAAACACA